CGACUCCUCAAAUCACCCGCCAGGAUCGCUGGUUAGCUCCGCAGCAACUGCAGCAGCAACAGCAGCAACAGCAGCAACAGCAGCAGCAACAGCAGCAGCAGCAACAACAACUGCAGCAGCAGCAGGCUGAAUACACCGUAACCUCUUCUAGCCCUUCGGCAGCAAGCAGCUGUACGUACACCCCACCGCAUCCUCCUUCUGCUGCAGUCGAUACACCGAGCAGCAGCAGCAGCAGCAGCAGCAGCAGGAACAGCAGCAGCAACAAACAGCAGCAGCAGCAGCAGCAGCAGGCGAAGCAGCAGAAGCAGCGACUGAGGCAGAAGUAA